AUGUUCAAAUUUGUCGUUCUCUGUGCCUUAAUUGCCACCGCUGCCGCCGUUCCAGACGGCAGCGGUGCCAGACACCAUGGUGUUAGCUCCAAACACUACUCCGGUUCUGUUAGUGCCACCAGCGACGAUGCCCAUGCCGAAGUAACCCGCUAUGCUGCUGAUGUGAAUGAACAUGGCUUCGAAUAUGCCUUCGAUACCACCAAUGCCAUCCACGCCACUGCCUCCGGCAAUGCCAAUGGUGAACACAAAGGUGACUUCGCCUGGAUCUCUCCCGAAGGUGAACACAUCUCCGUUCAAUAUGUUGCCGAUGAAAAUGGUUACCAACCCAGCAGCGACUUGUUGCCCACCCCACCACCAGUCCCAGUUGCCAUCUUGAAGGCUUUGGAAUACAUUCGCACUCAUCCUCAAUAUGAGGAAAGCGCCCCUAAGAAUUUCGUCAAGCAAUCCGUCAAGAGUGUUAGCCGUAACGCCGUUAAAGGACAUCGUUUCUAA